AAGACACUCCGCUAAGUUAUUUCAUACUUAGUUUAAAGAGUUGGUGCAUUAAAAGUAGUUAUCUAGCUAUAGAGCGGACCCACCUGCUUUCUGACUGUCAUAUGUGAGCUUCAGCUAAAUUCCAGAAUCAGUUCUAUUGCAUGAUUAGCAAGGUUCAUAUUGUGAUACAAAAGCUGCCGACGGUAUUCCUGGGAGAUCAGCAGCAUGUGCGCUGCCUCGUCACAGGAAAAAUCCAGUGAUAGAUUCUCUCAGGACUGUGGUAAAGACAUUAUUAAGCCUGAUUACAAGGGUAAGAAAAAGACCCACUCCUCUGAAGGGACUUUGCCACCUCGGUGCCCAGAGCCAUCCUGUGUCUUAGUAGCUUCUGCAGCCAAGCCCCUGUUCAGUCUGUCCUCUAUCCUCAAAAGUGUUCCCUCUGGUGGACCUUCAUCAGGGGCAGAUCGACCUCAUCUUAUUGCUAAAGUAGGACCUGGGAUAGCCAUAGGUAACACAAAAUGGACACAAGGACCUCGACUAAAGGCCUCAACAUUAAGGACUGUAAUCCCUGUCAGAACUACUCAGUCGACUUUACAGAGGGAGAAAGGGAAAUCAGUAAAUGCCACAGCCUGUAAGGAUAAAAAGGUAGCGACUGUGAAAGAUGGGAGCAAACCAAGUAAAUCUCCUCUCACUGGCACAGAGGUUGUUCAGAUCUUUGUUCAGAAAAGUGACCUGGGAGACUUGAAGCUUUAUUACCUCAAAAACAUAGAUGGGGAUGCUUUCAGACCCUAUGACCUGCGAGUCGUCCAUUCCAGUGAAGCUGGUUCCGAGCACUAUAUCUUCACUCCUAACACUGUCUGGCAUGUGACGCAGACGGGUUGUGGUGGAGUUAUCAGUCUGGCAGAGUGGUACAGAGAGUAUGUGUUGUGGACAGAUUUGCAGAAAAUCCCAUUUUUAAGGAACUUCAGACUGCAGAAAGCUUUUUACUGGUGGCAUAAAAUCAUACGCAAGAGAAUUUUGCAGCAGCGGAGUAAGAAUCUGCACGACGGGCUGCUCAUAGCUGUACCUCAGUUUAGAAAUGCCCUGCAUCUACUCAGCGCAGUCAUUGAAGAACUGAAAGAGAUGCACUGGUUGCCUCUGGAUGUAUGUAAAAGCUACACGCUGAUGGAAUUCAAGAAUGCACUGAUAACCAAGAAUCAAGACUGUCUGCAGAUGUUGGAGAAGUUAUCACAGUGUCGCACUCUGAUCCUUAAUAUGGCGAAAGAAGACAGCUAUAAGAAGCACCAGGAGCUGCAGCUGCAGUUAAAAGUUGCCAAAGAGGCAGAUAGCUGCUGCAGACCCAUACAUUUGCUUCUGGCUCAUCAGCUCAAGCUGCAGAAUGAGUUGGCUCAGUCUGAAAGCAUCUUGAAGAAACUGGGAAAUUUUGCAGCACUCGUCCAUCAGAUGAUUAUCCAGAGCCUCGUCACAGUCAUCCGAGGAGAUGCCAUUUCAUUUCUCGAUGUCUUAAAGAGGAGGGAGCAGCGUUCUCUCUUCCACACCGAGCUGUGUUUCAGUGCCGACAAUCAGCUGACUGUUGAGCCGCCAAUACAUCUGUUCAAAGAAGCAGUGAGCCAAGCACUUCUCACUGUUGGCAGCUCUUUUAUUCAGAAGUGUGAAGAUUGUGGAUUUUUCCAAGAGGUCAGCAGUGAUGUGUUAAUCUCUGCUCAGGAUUUAACCUUUGACUUCAGCGAUAUUAAACCUUAUGUAAAUACAGUGGAGAAAAACAUUGAUGGGACCAUUAGUCAAGUGGUCAGAGGCAUGUCAGCUCACUGGCGGAUUCUCCCUAAAGACGCUUUUCGAAUGCUGCAAGUCAACAUGGCGCGUGGCUGCUACUCUCCUCUCUCCAAAACACAGCUGGAGUGGCACAUCGGGAUCAAUGACAUCACAAAAGAAGUUGAGAAAGAGCAGGCUAAGAUCAUGCAGGAUGUUGAACUAGAGAUCCAACAGUUGUAUGAGAGCUAUGCAUGGAUGGUGGACAUGCAUUCCUUUAUUUGUCAGUGGAGUCGAGCCUCUUUGGAAUCCAUGAGGGGUCAGCCUGCUUCAGUGUACGAGGAGAACAUUAAGAACGUGCGCAGCUGGGCUGAAAGACUCAGCGCAGUUGACUCAUCAGUUUCUUCCUCCAACUGGCUGUUCGUCAUCCAGUGCACCCACACAAAGGACGGUCUAGGGCAACAGCUGAGGCUCAUUGAAGAGGAAGUGCAAGAGCAGCUAGCUGAGCAGAUAAAGAUGGAGUCAGAGGGGCUCAUGUCAUAUUUGGAGAGAGCUACGGCUGAACUCAAGAUAGAACCACAAGACUUACAUGACUUCUCAAAAUAUGCUUUUGGGGUGAGGGAAUCUCUGAAGGUCUUACCUGAUCUACAGAAACGCUUGGAAUACAUUCACUCCCUUCAAAACACGAUUUGCAUGAACUGUAGGGCUAUGACACAGGAUGAGGUGACUUUGGAAGAAAAGAUGCUGAGCUUGUGGGAUUGCUUUAUUCCCCUCCUGAAGAAAGCAGACAGCCUUGUGUCCCACCGUCUUCCUUCAAUGGCUAAUGCACUGGAUACAAUGCUCUCAUUUCUGCUCUGUGACCUUAAAAAUGUCAUCUCUGACUCUACAUCUGGAUCCUUCCUUGAUCCUGGCCAGAAUGCCAUAGAGAUGGUAUCCAAACUGAACUACAUGUGCAUGCAUGCAAACACUCUCAGUGCAAAGCUGGAACUGCUUAGUAGAAGCAGCCAAGACAUGCAAGAACAUACAAUGGAUCUGACCAUAGUGACAACAAAUGUUCAGAAACUCAGAGCCCGCAAAGAGUUGUGGGAACUGAUAGCUGUAUACACUACAUGGUUGGAAGAAUGGAAGCAGCUGCUUUUUAGUGAGGUUGUGGUCUCUAAAGCUCAGGAUAAAGUUGCAAAGUGGAAGGAGCAGGCUCAGUCUUUAACAACUGCCAUACCUACCAGUGAUGCAGUGCUGCAGGCGAUUUUAGGAUACCUGGAAAGCUCAAGUCAUCAGCUUUUAGUCCUGGCCAAGCUACAGAGCCCCACAUUAAAAGAAAAACACUGGAGAGCCAUUUUACAAGACCUGGGCCUACACUAUAAAUCAGAGAAGAAGGUGACUGUUGCUGAUCUCAUGUCUCAACAACUUGAAAGUCACCAGAAACUGAUUGACAAGAUAUACAGGGGCGCACAAACGGAGUGUGACAUGGAGCAGACCUUCCACAAGCUUUGUCACAGAUGGAAAGACAGGCUCUUUCAGUUGGAUGUGUUUACUCCCACUGUGUGGAAGCACUGUGAGAAACAAACUGGAUUAAUAAUGAUGGAGAUGUCCAAAGAAGGCACCCUUCUAAAUGUGCAAACUGGCAGGAAACAGCCCAGGAAUCGUAGAUUCACUAUAGACCUGGAAGUACACUUUACUGAGACUGAAAGCAGUUUGAUGAUGCUGUCCACUAUGUUAAAGUCCCCGUACAGUGUUGAGUUCAGGCUGCCACUGGAGGAUUGGAUUCAAAGACUCCAAGAACUUGAGAAGCUGCUAGUUUUACUUGAAAAAUAUCAGCAAAAGUGGGCCUUCCUGACCAAGAUGCUGGGAGGAACAUUUUUUAGUACUCAAAGAAAGGAUCUGCUGAAGCAUUUUCAACCAGUUGAUGAGACAUUUAAGGAAAUCAUGACCUCUAUAUCGAAAGAGCCCCAUGUGUUGAACUUGGUUUCCACUAAAACAAAUGACAGAUUUUGUGGUAAUAGCCUUUUCCAGGUUCUCCUUGAUGGUUUGUCUGCAAUGGACGUCAUUUCAAACCAAAUGUCAGAUCUUCUUGAUAACCUCUGUGAGAGGUGUCCAAGGCUCUGGUUUUUGAGUGAAAGGGAAGUGAUGCAGAUACUCUCUUUUCAACCGACACCUUUUGCAUUGCAACCCUUUGUACAAAAAUGCUUUAAAGAGGUACGUUUGCUUGAAGUUGCCUGUGGAAUACCAAGAGAUGGUAACAGCUGUGAGGCUACAUCUGAAUGCCACAGGCAGAUGAAGGUGCUGGGUGUUUUUGGCAGCCUCCAAGAACACAUUGCCUUUCAGUGUCCUUUAGAACCAAAUGCUGAUGCCUUGGCGUGGUUUUGUGACUUUGAGAAACAACUGAAGUUGACCAUAGUACAGCUUAUGAAACAGUGUGCUGUUGUGAGAAACCAGCUUGAACCAUCCAGUCAAGAUUUGCCAUGCAACACGAAAGCUAGAGGCAUCCAGCUCCCCAGUGCGCUACCUGUGCUAGGUCUUCUUUCUGAAUACCCUCUUCAGUGCCUGCUGGUGGUGGAGAAAGCAGUAUGGUGCAGUGUUGUUCUACAGGCUAUCCAAGAAUCAAGCUCGGUGAAGUUCAGCAACAUAAAGGCACAUAUCUAUGCAAAGCAGAAAGACCUUAGCCAUUACAUAAGUGAUGGAGUCACAGGGUCUAAAAGUGAAAGUCAAGUUUCCAAGUACACAAUGAAAUGUCUGCGUGCUUUACUGCAGCUUACAAUGAAUCAUACACAGCAACUACAUCGACUCAUGGAGGUACCGUGUGUGCGGGAGUCAUCUUUUGAAUGGCUGAGCUUGAUGAAAUAUUAUAUUAACUCAGAAGAGAAUAAUGAUCCAACAUGCUAUGUAGAUAUUUUGGGCCAUCACCUCCAGUACAGCUUUGAAUACUGUGGCCCAGGAGAGUGGGAGAUGGUGCAUACUCCUUCCACAGACCAAGCAAUACUAGGGAUUCUCGUUGCUCUGACAAGCUACAGAUGUGGUUUGGUCAGUGGCCCUUCCAUGUCUGGAAAGAAAAAUACUGUGAUCCAGUUAGGAAAAGCGCUGGGACGACAGGUUGUCCUAAAACAGUGCUACCCAAGCAUGACGCCUCAAGUUAUUCAGCGGAUUCUGCUUGGUGCCCUCCAGACAGGGGCGUGGCUUGUGCUGAACUCUGUGGAUUUGCUAACACACAAUAAUCUAUCGAUACUAGGACAGCAUCUGGUAGACAUACACCAGUCCUUCACCAGGUUAAGAAGAAAUACAAAUGAAAGACAGAAUUGUGAUCCAGAGAUUAAAACUGUUGAUGAGGUCACAGGGUGCACAAACACUGUUGAUUCAGAAUGCCACAUUCAGCUUGCAGGAAAAAGCAUUUCUGCCAGUCUCAGCUAUGGAUGUAUUAUCGUGUCAUCGAAAGUACAUGCAUCCGGGGUUCCUGAAAGUCUGCGAUUUGCAACAAGAUCCAUUGCACUGACCCAUCCAGAUUACAGGAUAAUGGCAGAAGUCAUGUUGAGCGCCAUUGGUUUUUCAGAGGCCAUGUUUUUAAGUCAGCGUCUGGUGUCCUUCAUCAGCCUGGCCCAAGAUUCCCAUUGUCUGCCUGAGUUUUUCUCUGAUAAUCACAGCUGCUUUCUUGUUAUCUUGCAAAAGAUAAUCUCAGCUUCUGAAAUACAUUUUCAACAGAUUGUAAGGGAACGAGAAAAUUCAAAGAAGUCUAAAGAUUCUGUAGAAGAACACACUGAUCUUACAUCUUUGCAAAAUAAGCCCAUGAAACCUUUUGAGGAGGAUGGUAAGAAAACUGAAAAGGCUUCCAAGUCACACCGUUGUUAUUUGACCGUUGUACAAAGUUUAAUGGAAGAGGAAGCCAUUGUCAGAGCAGUUCUUUCUGUCUUGCUUCCUGACAUGAAAGCCUCUCAGUUCUAUUCCCUUUUCAAAGAGGCUUUCCCUAUAGCAUGCCAGUUUCCACUUGUCCAGCAAUAUAUUGAAGAAGAUGAAAAGAACCAACUUGAAGCUGCAGUUAGAGAAGAAUUACAAGAAAAACACUUCUACUGUGACGCAGACAUCAUUUGCAGUGCUCUUACACUGUACCAGACCAUGAAAUCUGCUCAGGCAGUUAUGCUUAUAGGCCCCUCUGGCAGCGGAAAGACGACCUGUUACAGUGCUUUGGCUGGAGCAUUCAAUAGCUUGGCUGCCAAGACAGUGGAGGAAAGAGACAAGGACAAUAUGAUUGAAAGAGGUUCUCCACAGGCAGGUCAAAAGAGCUCUGUUUCAAACUGGAGCUUUGUUGACACUUCAGUCUUAUUUCCCAGUGCUAUGUCCCAUGAUGAGCUAUUUGGGUGGUUUUGUGAAAAGAGAGGAUGGCAAGAUGGAGCUCUCACAAAGGUGCUGAGAGAUUCAGAACGACGUGAACACAGAUGCUUUGAAAUCUGCAACAAUGAGAAGAAAACUGAUGAAACACUAACAGUGAAGUGGCUGGUAAUGGAUGGAGAGCCUGUGGGGCAACCUUGCUGGUUAGAUUACCUGACCACACUGUGCAGUUCUCAGGAUGCAUUUCUGUGUCUGUCGUCAGGUGAAACACUGCUGUCUCAGUCAAAACUCAAGCUUCUUAUGGAGAUCACUGACCUGUGUGAUGCGAGUCCCUCUGUAGUGACCCGUUGCAGCCUUGUUUACUUCACAGGUAAUGAUCUGUGGAAGUCCGUUUGGAAGCGUGAAAUGAAUAUGCUUUCCUUGAACCACAAACUGGAUCACAGAAUUGUGAAAAUGUGGAAUCACCUGGGUGAAGAUCUUUUCUCUAGCACUCUUAGUUUGCUUGGGCAAAGGAUUUUAACCUCUGCAGUCCAUAAUGAAAGAAUAUCUUGUAAAAGCCCCACAUACGGACUGCAAGAAAUCAGUUCAUUUGUCAGGAUCCUGCGUGCUCUCCUACAGCAUUUUGGCAAGGAAGUAGAAAAACCUGAGUCACUGCCACAUAAAGACACAAGAGAUAUACCUCCACCAGCCACAGAUGCCCAAAGUAAGCAGGAGCAGCUCAGCAGAAACAUUUUUCUGUUGGCUUAUAUUUGGGGAUUUGGUGGCCGCCUCCAUUCUCGCCACUGGCCACAGUUUGAUUUAUUAGCCCGCCAAGUGCUCUUUGCGUGCAGAUACAAAAUUGUGGUCCCUGAUGAAGUGAGUGUAUUUGAACACUUUUUUAGUUUCAACAGUGAGAUGUUCUCUAAGGAUUCACGGGCCACAGGUUCCGUCAUUCCUAGGUAUAGGAAAUACACAUAUCUCCUGAACCUCAUGUUGGAGGCAAACCAACCAGUCCUGGUUUCAGGAGAGCCUGGCUCUGGAAAAACCACACUGUGCCAGACUUUGCUAAGUUUUGACAAGCGACACAUUAACCUACCAGCCAGUCCCCUUCUGAGCUCCAGAGACCUGCGCACUAUACUGAAUAACAUCGGAUGCCAGAAGAACUGUAAAGACACUGCUCGCUCCAUGACAAAACAGCCACGCCUGUUUUUGUUUGUUGAUGAUUUACAUGAAGCCCCCUGUGAUGCCUUUGGAAAAGCUUCAAUGGCUCUAGAGACACUAAGGCAGAGUAUUUCCAAGGGAGAGAUUCUAACAUUUGACACCUACAACUUCAAGUUGUUGCAGUCUGAAACCAUCAGCUAUCUGGCUACAUGCUGUAUCUCUGCGCUGAAUAAUCCCCACAGCAGUGUGAUAUCCCCACGGCUCUCAUGCCUGUUUUCCAUCUUCGUGGUUGAUGGCAUAGCUCUGGAUGUUGUAAUGGCUGUCUAUUCUCCUAGGCUAAAAUUCUGGCUCAGUGAAAUGCCACUUAAUAGGCACAUUGGUGAGGAUAUGGCAUUGUGCAUCAUCACUGCUACUAAUGAGCUGUAUCAUGCAGUAAGUGACAGAUUUCAACCAUCUAUGCAGAGGCCUCAUGCCAUAUUUUCCCAUCAUGACCUUCUGAAGGUGUUUCAGGGGAUGUACCUAUGGAAGUCUGCAAUCUCAAAGAAGGGGAAAAAUGAGAAUUCACAACCAGCAUUGGUUCUUAACAUAGUACAGGUCUGGAUGCAUGAGUGCAUGCGCACUUUCAGUGAUAGGUUAUGCUCAGAGGAUGACCGAAAAACGGUUGCGUCACUCAUAGCCAAGACGGCAGCAACACACUAUGGAAUGAAAUUGGCUAAUGAAAUUGAUGGGGUCAGUGAGCCAGCAGGUCAAAAUCCAGACACUGUAGAUCUGCCUCAAGAACUAAACCAGUCGCAUCGUCAACUGACUAAACCUUCUGAAAAUUACCGUCUGCACAAACAGGUUCUUCAGCAUAUGGAGGACAAAAUGGCAACACUUGUAUACGGUCCUGAUCUCUCUGAGGCCCUGAAGUUGAUAAAACAGCAACGCAAUUUAAAAUUUAUCUCCUCUUAUCAGGAGCAAGACCUUGAUGCACUAGUGCAAAAACUGUGUGUACUCGUGGACAGAAAAGAGGAUGACAAAGGACAUGACUGCAGCAUUACAACCAAAUAUAUUGUACACAGAGAGAGAGUGAGUCAGUUGUUACAUAUUCUUAGGGCUUUGCUCCUGCCUCGAGGUCACGGAGUACUGAUUGGCUCAGAUAGGGGGACUGGCCGCAAAACCACUGUGCGUUUAGCCGCCCACCUUACAGGCUAUCAGUUAAUGGAGAUACAUGCUGGUAAUGAGAAUAAUCUGCGUGAAAUCCUGAAAGAAGCUGGGAAUCAGAUUAGGUCAGAUGGAGUUAAUGUCAUCAUACUAGUCCAUGAGGAAAUCAGCCAGUCUGUCAGAGAAGAAUUACUAUUAGUGAUGGCCCGCAGUGCCUGUCCAGCACUCUACAUCGACAAAGAGCUGAGGAACCUCGUUUCUAGAGUGACUGCUGUGAAACAUUCAGGAAGAUAUCUUAUGGAAAAUUGGAUGUUUGAGAAGGUUUUGAGUCAGGUCCACAGAAAUAUUCAUGUGUUCCUGUUAAUGCCAUUCACCAUGUCAGAAAACAGUGAUAUAACCUCCAAGAAUGAAGCCCAAAGCUGGAUUGCACAAAUAGCCAAGGCCCUCAGGCACAGCUGUUGUGUGGAGGUGUACCAGCCGUGGUCUAACCAGUCUUUGGUGGAAGUUGCUGAUCAGUGCCUCAAAACCAGUCCCCAUAAAAUGGUUCAAGAACACUCAGAGGCCAGCCUGUCUGUGGCUAUGGCAGGGAUCCAUCAGUCUGCAUGCCAGUAUGCUUCUGUCCUUCUAAGAGCUCAGCCUUUCAGUCCUCGAACUUACAUGGAGUUCAUUACCCACUUUGGUUACCUCUGCAGCCACCUGCACAAGCAGUUUCAGGACAAAACCAACAGAAUUGCUCCUGCUCUGGCUCGUUUGGAUGCACUGAGCAACAUAGCAAAGCAAUGUAAAGAGCACUUAAUAAGUGUGCAAAAGAUCAUUGCUGGGACACAGCAGCGUGAGAAAGAGCUCCUUGAAGCUGUAGAAGAUCAUAAGAAACUGUUUGAAGAAGCCUCUGAGAAGUGGGAUGCAGAGGAGAACCAGCUGUGUUGCCUAGAAGAGCAGAUUAGUCAUGCUCAAAAACAGAUAAAACCUGUGUUCUUGUCAGGCCUUCAGAUUCUUAUGUGUUUGGAUCCACUGGAUGUGGAGGAGGUGCGUCACUACAGAGACCCACCCGUGGGAGUUGUGAAAAUCAUGGAUGCUGUUUGUUUGCUGUUUAAUCAUCCUCCAGGCUGGGAAAGUGCUAAACAACUUCUUUCACAAGCGGACUUUUUCCAGGAGCUGAAAUUUUUUGACCGCUACAACCUGACGAAUGAACAACUGCAACAGCUCGGACAGAUAGUUCACAGUCCCCAGUUUGUGCCUGAGUCUGUGCGAGAGGUCAGUAAGGCCUGUGAAUCUCUGUGUCGAUGGGUCCAGGCUGUGUAUGAGUACUGCUGUAUUCAGCACCGAGUGUUGGUAAAGCAGCAGUUGGAGAUGCAGGCUGCAGAAAGGAGAAGUCGAUUGUAUCUAGCCAAGCAGUGCAAGCAGGAGGCAUACAGUUGUCUAGAGGCUGUUAAGCUUCAGCUGCAGUGUGUUCAAAAUGAACUGAUGGAGCAACUGGUGCAGCUACACAAAGCUGAGAGUGCAGAAUGUGAAGCUUCUGCGUGUGCUGGGCAGUUGGAGAUGUAUGUCCGAGACUGGAGGGCUGCUGCUCAGGACACAGAGUUACGUAAUCAAAAUAUGCCAGGGGAUGCCCUUCUCUUGGCUGCGAUCAUCUCGUAUUUAGGCCAUUUUGGACCAGAGACACGCACAGAACUGCUGAGCAAGUGGCGAGCACUGUGCCAGACAGGAAGCAUCAACAUAAACCCCAGUGACCCCAGAGCUUCCCUGUUUACACACUUUGACACUGUACCUGGCUCCCCGUCUCUUGGUUUUCCCAUCCCUGUAACUGAGAGGUUGCAGUUGCCUUUGGGUUGGGCAUUAGGGAUAAAUGAAUGGCAAACUGGAGACGCCCUCUCUCCCAGACUGGUGGUUAAACUGUUGCUGUGGGGCUACAGAAAUACCUGCAUCCAGCGCUGGCCUCUACUGGCAGAUAACCAGCGACAUAUGGAGAUGAGCUUUCAAAACAAACGAGAGAACACAAAACUUAGAGAGGAAGAAGAUUUUGGGAUGGUGGUUUGUGCAGAUGAUCUGGAACUGCUACAUAAGCUGGACCAGGCUGCUGAGAAAGGUUUGAGAGUCCUGGUUACUCAUGUGGAGCGUGCAGUCCCGAGUCCUCAGUUCCUGGCCAAGUUGGCACGACCUACUGGAUGCUACUUUCCGGGAUUAAAUCAGCCUUUUCAGAUAGUCCACCCUGAGUUCUGCCUCUUCCUCAGCACCCAUCUGCCAAUUAGACUGCUUAACGGUGGGAUCCAUCCUUCUAUCUUGGCUCAGGUACAUGUAGUUGACCUCUCUCUGAGCUCAGAAGAGAUCCAGGAUCUGAUGCUAACACAGCUGCCACAGCCUGAGUGUAAAGAGCUGCUGAUUCAACACUUGCAAUUCCAGAAUUACAAACAGGAGCAGCGGGAGAAACUGGCCACAGAAGAGGAUGCUCUAAUGGAUUACAUCCUGCAGUCUGAUACUGUCCUGCUGCAGGACCCAAAUUUUCUUCCCCGUGUAAAUGUUUGUCAAGAAGUAAUGAAGAAACUGCAGGAUGAGAUCAAGCAGCUGUAUGAACAGCUGGAACAUCAUGAGUCCCUGCUGGCAGUGCCCCGCCACUUAAUGAGGCUGGCUGCUGCCCUCUACCAGGCACUGCAGGCUGUGUCCUGUCUUUCCCCUGCCUACUAUUUUUCCCUACAUGGCUUCAUCACAUUAAUGCAAGAAGCUUUCACUGGAAAGGACAGGAUAAUAGGGAAUGUUCCAGGGAGCAUAAUACAAGAGUUCAUAAACACAAUGGUAGUCAAUCUGCUUGCACAAUAUAGGCCUUUUCUUUUCAAGAGCCAUGCUGCUGUUCUGAAGCUGCUUGUGUCUUUGGCCCUGCUUCAGCAUAAUCAGCUGUGCUCUGAAGGUGAGAGGGUGGCCUUCCUCAGAGGCCUUGGAGACAUAGAACAUCCUGGAACUGAUUCAUCAUCCACCACCGCUGUUCUCCCCAGUUGGAUCCCCCCACAUAUCCACUCAGAUCUCCUCUGCUUGGAAAAGAUUCCCUCCAUCAGAGGUCUGAUUGCCUCACUCUGUGCUUCCCCCAUCCAGUGGCAAGAGUACCUUCACUUUCCUUCCUCUACAGUGUUAGGGGCCGUUCCCUGUCGCUCUCACUCCCAUCUUUCCUUGCUGCAGCGGGCUCUUCUUUGGAAAACCAUGGCCCCCAACUGCCUGGAGGGACUAGCAGAUGCCAUAAAUGCCUGUCAGCUCUGCCUGCCUGAAAAGAUAACAGGGACUGAAGCCCCUCUCAUUGGGAACCCAGAGGCAUUCUCACGAUAUUUGGUCAAACAUAAGAGACCCAUCAUUCUUACAUUGCCCGGUUUAGAUGGAGACAUGCAGACAAGCGUUGAGCCUCUUUGUUUAAUAAACCAAGUGGCCAAAUGUGUACCAGGAAAAAAAGAGGUUCAGGUGACGGUCCUUUCCUUUGAGGUACUGUGUGACAGAGAGCUCUUCCGUUCAAUGCUGGGCAAAGCUGCUAAUGAUGGGCACUGGCUGGUGUUUAAUAACUGUCAUCUGCUGAAACAACUGGAUGAUGAAAUAGUGGCUAAUCUCAAUCAGUUAGUCUCCUCUUUCCAAGAGAAUCCCUGUCUGUUUCACCCGGGCUUCCAAUUGUGGUUUAUAACAAAAGAAAAUGCAUCACACGUCAUACCAGCGGCAGUGCGAAGUAAUGCUCUGGCUUUGGUCUGUGACUCUCCUUGGGAUCUGAAGGAGGAGCUGAGCUGUUCUUUGCGGCAGGUGGCAGCUGUCACUCAGCCACAGUCAGGUGUCACGGCUGACAACAACUUACUCCUCCGCUGUGCUAUCUUUCACUCUGUCUUGGUGCAGCGACAGAGCUAUAAAUAUUUAGGCCAAGGAAGAAUCUAUCACUGGAGUCAGGAGGACCUUCAUGCUUUAGUGGAUGCAUAUAUUCGUGUUGCCAGUCUCUGCCAUGACAAGACUAAGGUUUUGCAAUAUUUAGCAGCCAGUCUAGUGUAUGGUGGCCAUGUGAUGGACUCUGCAGAUUUGGAGGUGGUGAAGAGCGUUGCCAAGACCUGCUUCACCACAGCUUCAUGCUCUUUGAGCAGUGGGCCGCACAUCCUUUCAAAACUUGUCAGAAAUUCUGGUCGCUCUGAUUUGUCCGGACAACUGCAGGUUGUGGAGCAGGGUCUCUGGGACUCCGCAAACAUCAGCGAGCCUGCAGUGCUGGGCUUCAGUGUCGAUGUGGCAGCUGAGAUAAUCAAGGUCAACAGCUACAACAUGAACAUAUUUCUGCAGACCUCACAAACUCCUCUUGGAACAGCCAGGUGUUUCAGCACCAAAGGGACGCCGCUUACUAUGCUGCCAGCGUUCAGCCAUGCCAGAGACAGACUGGAGGGUCUGAAGCGCCGCCUCACAAACGAGAAUGAAAGUGCAGUUGCAAAUGCAGGAGCUGUUCCUCACAGUCCUCUGCGUGACUUCCUCCAGGCUGAAUGGGAUGAUCUCAUUGAUUUGGUGUCCUUACUCCUCUCACAGCUGCAACAGCCUGUUCAAUACUCGCUGACCUUCGCUUGCCUCUCCAAACUCACUGACUUGUCUCGCUUGGAGAGGAGGGCCGAGUUGCUCAGUGCUUAUCUGUGGCACCACAGUACUUCAGAUCCCCCUGGUUCUUAUCGACUAUCUGCUUUUAAAAAUGCCAGAGGCUUGCUGGUGGCAGUGAUGAGAGAGGCUGCUAAAGUAAAACGCAAAUAUAUCACUGAUAUAAUGCUGCAGUUCCAGGUUCUGUCUGACAGCACAUACCCUGUCGCGCUUCCUCUGGAUGCUGUGUAUUUGUGUGGCCUGGAGCUUAAAGGGGCAUCAUGGGACACACAGCUACGAGCCCUACAGGACACAGUCUCUCCUCAGUCAUGUUCAAUGCCACUUCUUUGUGUUAAAGCUCAAGUCAGGAGCACAGAAAAUUCCCAAGAUACAAUAUCCUGUAAAAGUUCAUAUUUAAUGGAUACCAGCAAUGUUCAGUGUGCAGGUGUCUUUCCUUUAACGACCCCUCAAGUACCAACCUACCACUGCCCACUCUAUCUGGAUGAAGGGCAGGAGAGUGGAAACUGGGGACUGGCUGAUGUUAACAUUAUCACCAAAGUCCCCCUUCAUAGCAAGCUAGAUCCUCUGUUGUGUAGUUUGAGAAGGGUGAGACUAGUGAGUACACUCUGACUGUACUCAGCUGCCUUAUCUGCUGUGAAGCAGAUUUUUGAACCGAUGCAAAAACUAUUAUACAGCAUGUCAUCCGGCUUCAUGCUUAUGUGAUUUUAUGUGAACCUUCAAAUAAAUUUACAAUGGCACUAUCAUGUCUCUUUAUUCUUGUAUUCUGUAGUAGUUUGAAUUUAUUUUUUGUGAAACUUGUUAUAUUGUGAUUGUGUCAGUUCCAGGCAGGCUUAUCUUUUGGACGACGUUCCCUAAAAUAGUGGAAAGUGCUUAUGUGAAUAAAAUGUGACUCAGUCUGUUAAUUUGAUAUCAGUGUUGAUAAAAAAAAAUAAAUAAAUAUGGAUGAUUUGCACCCCCCCACACACAGAUACACACAGUAGCCAUAGGUAUAAAGAUGUUUAUGUCAGGAUAUUUGUUUUUAUGCAGUAUGCAAAAUGUUUCAGGU